AAAAACUAAAAUUACACGAGAACCCUUCUUCUUCCUUCGUUCAACCACCCACAAACCAAAAACUAAAAUUAUACGAAUUCAUUUUAACUUAUUCCUGUCUUCUUCUUCUUCUUCUUCUACUUCGUUCAACCACCCACAAUCUGAGAUACCGAGACUACAGCCGGCGAAACCCAAUCGAACGUAAACCCACAUCCCCAAUUCGAUUCCGCUUCCUGGGUCUUCCAUUUCUCUUCUCAGUUCCUAACCUUUCUGUACUCUUUCCAUGGGAUGGUCACAAAGAACUCUCAAAAGAGCAAUCUUGGCGUGACCAAGUCCAUGAACUUCUUUCAAAAAAUCAUCAAACCUUUCAAACGCAGCUCCAAUCGAGGCCUAGAAGACGAUAUCGAUAGAAUCUCUGCUCAGGAACAGAAAGUUUUCACCUUUCAAGUCCUAGUCUCCGCUACCAAAGAUUUCAACCCGACCCACAAACUCGGCGAAGGUGGGUUCGGACCGGUCUUCAAGGGAAGGUUACCUGACGGGAGAGACAUAGCAGUGAAGAAGCUAUCUCAGGCUUCAAAGCAAGGGGACAACGAGUUUGUCAACGAGGCCAAGUUAUUAGCUAAAGUCCAGCAUCGGAAUGUCGUUAAUCUCUGGGGUUACUGCACGCACGGAGAGGAUAAACUCUUGGUUUACGAGUACGUUGCAAAUGAGAGUCUUGACAAGGUCCUCUUCAAAUCCAACAGAAGAUCAGAGAUAGACUGGAAGCUGAGGUUUGAGAUCAUAACGGGCAUUGCUAGAGGGCUGCUCUAUCUCCAUGAAGACGCCCCAGACUGCAUCAUCCAUAGGGACAUUAAGGCUGGCAACAUUCUGCUUGAUGACAAAUGGGUUCCCAAGAUUGCUGAUUUUGGGAUGGCUAGGCUCUAUCAGGAAGAUGCAACACACGUCAACACUCGCAUUGCCGGAACCAAUGGUUAUAUGGCGCCAGAGUAUGUAAUGCAAGGUGUUCUCUCGGUAAAAGCAGACGUAUUCAGCUUUGGAGUUGUGGUUCUUGAGCUCAUCAGUGGCCAGAAGAACUCUGGCUUUAGCAUGAGACACGCUGACCAGACUCUUCUUGAAUGGGUAUAUAAGUUAUACAAGAAAGGCAGGACCAUGGAGAUACUAGACUCGGAGAUGUCAGCUUCUGCUGAUCCGGAACAAGUCAGACUCUGCGUUCAGAUCGGCCUUCUCUGUGUUCAAGGUGAUCCUCGUAAGAGACCAACUAUGAGACGGGUGUCUCUGCUUCUCUCGAGAAAGCCAGGACAUCUAGAGGAACCAGAGCAUCCUGGUGUCCCGGGGUCUAGACACCGCCGCAGGACCCAUCGUCCUACAGGAGCAUCCUCGGUUGGAACGCUUUCGACCACUGGGUCGAGGACAGACUCGUUUGGUUCGAACUUGAACACACACACUGGAGGAUCCAACACAGGAACAGGUAAAGCUACUCCAUUGUCUUCUAGGAUUCCGACUCCUACGAGGACUCACGCUACUAGAAGUGUAGGUGCUGCCAGCGGUAGCUCAGACCCUCAUGGGAAACGACCUAUGAGUUAUUAAAGUACAUAAAUCUGGUUAAAUUUUUUUAUUGUAAAUACUAUAUUAGCGAGGUUUUUUUUUGGUUUGGAAAGUAAAUUAUUAUUUUUGGGCUCUGGUUGUGGCUUUACUUGUUCGACAGGGUUUAUAGUAUUGUAUGAUGUUCGUAUAAAUUAUUUGUUACAAUAAUA